GCACUCUCCGGUCUCUGGACAUGUUACGAAUUCUGGGACGCUCCCCCGAGUAUCAUCCAACCCGGUCUUCGCAUCCUUCGCACCAGUCCAUACGGCCCCCACCCGUACUUACACAGCGACAACUUCUCAGCAGCGCCGGAUCAUCCUGCAGAUGCAGCGCAGAACCACCAUCGCGGAGCAGGAGCGAACGGGCCUUCACCGAUGAACAUACAUCCUCCGAAGCAUAAGAGACCACAAGUGGCGCUGAGCGAGACCCUCUUCCCUUCUUACAACAAGACGGAUAGCUCGUGGCUCGACUCGAAUAAUGAGAACAUCAAGAAUCUGUUCAGGUGUAUCGAGCUUGGGAAUUGUCCGCCAAAUCAAUAUAAAGUCAUCAUACUUGGAUCACAUUAUUUCCGUUGGGUUUUGAAUGGUUGGACAGCUGGCGAAGUUAUCUGGUCCCGUUCUACAAUUCAAGCCCUCCACAACCUGAACUACACCAUCCUUUACUCCCUGAAUAACGAUCGCGCCGUCCAACUCUACCAAAUGUUCCCCCGUCUCGUCAAAGCCAUACUGCUCACUCCAGAAGACAUCCGUGCUUGUAACGCAGAUAUCGAGAAUUGUAUACAAUCCGACAUGAAUCCAAAUGGAAUCCCGCUAUAUAAGACAUUUACCUGGGAAUUCUGGGACGCGCCAAAUCACCCAUUGGGAGCGAAGUGGACACUCAACCCCGAACCGUAUGCGGUCGAAGAAGCAAAUACCUAUAUCGGAUAUUCCGUCGAGCCCGCUUGUUUCUCGCAUCCCUUCGUCCCGCCAUCGGAACGCAAACAUCAAGCUUAUGCUAUGACCAAACGUCUCCGCUACUUCCUCCCCUCGCCCGAGCAAGCCUGGCCAUCGUCUUUUUACACCACCGCCGCGGCAGAAACAGGCCUCGAUAUCCUCGUGGGAGCAGCGAAUGAUCCGACGAUGGACGUAGGUAUCGAAGUUGAGCUACCGGAGGGAGUACGGAACGUUGGGUUGUUAGAGCAGAAAGAUUUCGUGAGUACGGUUGGGGAGAGUAAGGUGUUGAUCGGGGUGGGUGCGCCUGCGACUUCCCCAACACCCUACGAAGCCCUCUGCCUCGGAACCCCCUUCAUCAACCCCAUCCACUCCUGGGAUCCCUUAGACCCCUCCAACCGCCUCUCCUGGUCCGCGCAACACGAGGUCCUCAAAUUCGAAGACCCGCCAUACGUCUAUAACGUGAAAAAAGGAGACUUGGAAGGGUUCGUGGAUGCGGUGAGGAGGGCGGUGGAGAAUCCGUUGGGGGAUAGGUGGGUGCCGGAGAGGAUGAGGAUGGAGAGUGUGGAGGGACGGUUGGAGGAGUUUGUGGGGAGGGAUUGGGAGGGGGAGUGGAGGAGGUUGAUGCUGGAGAGGGAUGAGGCGAGGGGUGUGUUGUGA